UUAAAGUUAAAAGAGUAUUCUCAUUCAUUUUCGGCUCAAUAAAGUCAAGAAGUAAAGUAUUGACGACAUCAUUUCGUGUUCAAAUGUUAUAAUUUUUAAUUCAAAAAUGGCAGGUGCUUGUGAUAGAUUGAAGAUAUUAUUUGUAUUAUAUAUUAUAAUUAAUUUAAUUACCGAUAGUUCAAUUGCAUUUGAAGAAAAUAUCAAUCAAUACGUAAUAGAUUCAAAUUUACCAUAUGUUAAAAUAGAUAACAUACAUUUUCGAAAUAAAAGAGAAACAGAAACAUCAUAUCAAAAUGUCCAAGAGAAUAUUUCAAAUGCAACAACCUUUACACAAGGACAAAGUCAGUGGCAACCGCCUCCACAAACAAUAGUUAUUUCAAAACAAUUGGUAACAUCAACAGCAGCUCCAACAUUACAAAAAGAAGAAGUAUCGGUACAAGCAGUUCCAGCAGAAAAACUUAAUGUUCUUUCAACACCGGAAGCAGUUAAAAUCGAAAAUCCUCCUCAACCAGAACCUUCAAAAAUAACACUUACAAAUUCACCUACAAAUGCUCCAUUAUUAGGUGUUAAUGGAACUGGACAACGUAAAGAUACGAUUGUGUCGGAACCAAUGCCAGCUACACCGACGAAAAAAAAUACUGCCGUAAAAAAAGUUUUAUUAACUCUCGAUGAUUUUUUUAAUACUGUCGAUAUAUCAGAAAACAAAACUCGUGAAUUUAUACAAAAACAGAAUUUCACAUAUAAAGAGGAAAACCAUAUUUACUACAAUAGCACGCAAAUAGUAAAUGAAACAGCUGUUAGCGAAGCUUGGGAUGCUCUCAAGAUUAUUAAUCCAAAUCAUAUGUUAUCUAGCUCGCACCGGAGAGCAAUUACAGUUCAACUGAAAUUUGAUUUCCCAUUCUACGGUCAUCCAGUAAGAAAUAUAACAGUUGCAACUGGAGGUUUCUUAUAUACAGGCGAAUAUGUCCAUUCAUGGCUAGCUGCAACGCAAUACAUUGCUCCACUUAUGGCUAAUUUUGAUACAAGCCUUUUGAACGAUUCUUUUGUACGAUAUGAUGAUAAUGGUACUGCUUUUAGCGUUUUAUGGGAAAAUGUUUCAUUACAAGAUAGACCUGAAGCUGGGCAAUUUACAUUUAGUGCCACGUUACAUGAUAACGGUGACAUAGUAUUUACAUAUUUUAAAAUGCCGAUUAAAAUUGAAGCUAUACAAGAUGAUAAACAUCCUGUUAAAGUCGGCCUUUCAGAUGCCUAUAUUAUUGAUAAAGUUAUAUUUUUCGCCCGCCGUAAAACUAUUUAUGAAUACCAUAGGGUUAACUUUAAUGAACAAGAUAUACAAAAUAAUACAAUUAUAUAUUUAAGAGCUUUACCAACUUGUUUAGAGUACACCGAUUGCGAGUCUUGUACUAACCACAACACAACUUUUGGUUGUGCAUGGUGUCCAGGUUUAAAUAAAUGUUCAACAGGAACUGAUAGAAAACGACAAGACUGGUUGCAAAAAGGUUGCGAUAGAAGUAUAAUAAAAGAAGCGGGCUCAUGUCCUCCAAAAGGUACAAAAGGUAAUGAUGCAUCUACAUCAAUUGAAAUAAAUCAUUCAGGAGAAUUAGAAAAUAAUAGUUCAAGAUAUGAUACUUUAAAUCGAAAUAUGACUAAUGAACAUUUUGUUGGAAAAAAUAUUAUCAGCGAUAACAGUAUGUCUAUGACAGCCAAAGAAGAUGAAAAUAAAAGUAAUGUUGGAUUAGCAUUAGGUUUAAUGAUUCCAAUCUGUUUAAUAAUGACUAUUCUCAUCUGGAUGUUAUAUGCAUAUCGAAAUCCUCAUACAAAGAGCGGACAGCUUUUAAUACAGUAUCGUCCAACUCAAUGGUCAUGGCGACGUGGGGAAGCAAGAUAUACGGCAGCAACGAUACAUAUGUAAAAGUUUAAUAAAAAUAAAUUGUUAGGGAAAAAUGUUUUUUUUUUUUUAUUUUCUAUUUAAUUAACAACAAACAUGGAAAACAAUAAAAAAAUAAUGAAAGAAGCUCAGUUAUUUUAUUUGAUGUGAAGAAAUUUUCUAAAUUUUAUAAAAUACAUAUAUGAUGCUUAAAAUUCAAUUGAAAUUUUAUUUUUUUUUUUUUAUCGCAAUAAGUCAAAAACUGGAAACAAAAGUAAACAGAGAAAAUGUUUUAAUUGUAAUUGUAAAAAAAAAAUAUUUUUAACUCUUAAAAUUAUUUUAACAUUAUUGUUCUAUAGAUAUUUUGUGAAUUAUUAAAUGUUUUUAAUUAUAUGUACGUUUAAAUCUUAAUAAUUAGUUAUAUAAUAUGUAAUAAGAUAAUAACAUAUUAUUCUUUCUAUUAUAGUGUAUUAUUAAAACCAAGCAACUAGAUUGUUGUUAUUUUUGGGUAGAGUAAUUUUUAUCAUUAAUACACAUAUAAUAUAGAUUAACACAACAAAAAAAAUAUAAUAUUAUUUGCACGCUAUUGGUCCUAUUUUAUUAUUUUUUUUUUUCAAUAAUUUUUUUCUUAUUUUAUCUUUCGUUAUUGAAAAUUUAUGUUUUAUUACAUUUUUAUUUAAUAAUAUUGUUUUUGAAAAUGUAAUAAUUUACAUGUUAUAUACUUAGAGGUUUGAACAUUUUGAAUAAAAAUGAAAAUUCGGCAACAGUAAGACUAAUUUUUUGUUUUUUUUUCCUAAAUACUUAAUAAUAAAAUUUGUUAAAGAUUUAAAAAAGAUUUGUUGAAAAUGUUUAAGUAUUGUUGCCUUACCAAAAUGCAAAACAAAAGUAAAUUCUAACUUUAGAAAAUGACCGAAAUGCUUAGUAGAAAGUUGAAUGUAUACUAGAUGUUAAAAAAUUUGCAUUUUGGUAGACGCCCUAUGUAUUUUUAUAUAUAAAAAAAAAAAUAUGUUAAUAUUAUUAAAACUUUAAAUUAAAAAAUAUUUUUUUAAUAAUAAUCUUAAACAUAAUAUAAGUAAAAAAUUUUGCUUAUUUUUUUUCAUAUAUACCUAUUGAAAAAUCUUUAAUUAAUAAAUACAAAUUCUAAAUUCAAUUCAAUAAAAAAAUUAUAGAUCAUAAAACUUAAAAGAAAUUCAUUUAAUUUUAAUAAAUUAAAAAGCCGGAAAAAUAGUUUUUUUUUCCAUUGGCAUUCAUAUUAAAAAAUUUGAAUAUUUAACAAUAUUUUUUGCUCAUUUAAAUAUAUAUACAUAUAAAUAAAAAAAAAAAAAUAAAAAAAAUUUAAAAAUUAAUAUGAAAAAAUAUUAAUUAUUAGUCUGAAAAUAUAAACAAGAAAAUAAUAUAAAACAAAAUGAACUAAAAAUAAAAAACGAUGUUAACAAAACAAGAGAUUUUUCAAAUAAAACUUUUAACCGAUUCCUUUUUAAGAAAUAGGAGAUUUUUAUAACUUUUUAUACCCUAUAAAAAUAAUUUUUAUAUUUUAUAAAGAAAAAAACAAAUAUAAAAAUAAUAAUAACUUUUAAUAUAAUUUAAGCGCAAUUAUUUAUAUAUAUUAUACAAUAUAUAAAUUAAGUGUUUUGUAGUAUUUAAAGAAAAAGGAGUAUUUGUUGGUUCUUUAAACUUUGUAGGAAUUUUUACAAACAAAAAAAAAAAAAAUUAAAUAAAAAAAUAUUAAUAAUAUUUUUUAAUUUUUAGACUCGAAAGAAAAAUUUACGAAAAUUUUGAUCAUGAUAAAAUGUGUAAAUAUGUAACUAAAAGAUCUAGAUUAACACUAAAUUAAAUAAGGAUUUAUUGAGAUUUUCUAAAACUAUUUCAAAAAAACUCACUUAAAAUUAAUAAAUCAAUGUUUUUAAAUGAAAAAAGAAAAAGAAAUAAAUAAUUUACAAUAUCAUAUACAUAAUGUGCAUUAAUUUGUGUAAAAAAAAUUUUGUUUUUAGCAAUUUAGCAUAAAAAAUAAUAUAAAAACCUUCAAUAUUAAUAUCAAAAAGCAAACUGAGUAAAGGUUAAAAAUUUUAAAAAAUAUGAAAAAAAAAAAAUUAUACAUACUAUUUAAAGUUUUUAAAUUUUUUUUAAGUAAAUCUGAUAUGUCAUGAAUUGUAAAAACUAAAAAUUUUAUUCAUUUAAAAAUUAAAUUUAUAUACGUACAUACAUAUAUAUUUUUUCUAAAAAAAAAAAUAAAACAAGAGUUUUAGAUUUAGACUACAGGCGAAAAUACUUUGUACGGCAUCUUGUACUGAUAAUCAUCGUUUAUCAUUUAAUUUUAAAAUCUAAGCAAUAUAUAAAGGUAAAUAAAAAAAAAUGUUUAAAUAAAUGAUCAAUCCAAAUUUUUUGUUUUCAAAAUUAAAUUCUUUAAAUUUUAAUUAUGUCUUAAUGUGUAAAAGAGAAAAAUUUAACACGCCAAUUUAACAUAUUUGGGCCGAAAUUAAUUUCAUGGAUAUUACCCAAUAAACUCCCCUCCUAUUUGAUCAGAAAUUGAAUUCAAUCUAUCGUCAAAUCGUUGUUCUGCCAUUAUCGCGGUAUGAUUGGCUUGAAAACUUUUUAAUAAUGAAAUUUUUGGCUUUGAAAAAUAAAAAAACUAAAGAAUUAUUUGUAAAUUUUUACACUACUAAUAUUUAUUAUUAUAAUUAUUAAGUUGCCGUUGUAAGUAUCGUCGAUUAUAGUAUAUACUUAAUUAAUAAAUUAAAUCAUAUUUAAAAAUAAAACAAGAAAAAAGAAUAUAUUAUGUUUAUUCAGCUUCCAACUAAAUAACUCUAUUUUUUUUUUGAUUAUUUUAAAUAUUAAUUAAAUGUAUAAUAUGAUUUAUUAUUAGUACUUAAGGAAUAUAACACAUUUGGUAUACACGUUUAGGAAAAGAAAAUACAAUACAAAAAUGAAGAAAUUUUACACAAAUUGCAAGGGAUAUUGCAAUCACAUACAUAUUGUUUACAUUUAUUAAUUGUAAAUGAUACUAAAACAACUUAUAUUUUAAAAUGAUUACAAAAUAAAAUUAAAGAAAAAAAAGUUUUAUAUAAAAUAAGUGAAAAUAAUUCUUUUUUUUUUAUACCCAUAAUAAAAAUUAUUUAAAUAAAAUUUUUCAAAAUUUAGAAUUUUGAAAAGUUGUACAUACAAUUUUUUCAAUGCAUAAAGUAAAAGUUAUAAAGCAAUUUCAAAUUUGUUAAAUAAAUCCUAGGCCCUAUUGUAUCAUUAAUGAAAUAUUCUAAUCCAAUUGAAGAAUCCAAAAUAAAAGUAAUUGUUGCAAUAGAGACCUGAUCAUUCUGAAAGUAUUCUAAAAAAAACCCCAAUUAUUUUGUAAUCAAUAAAAUGUAUUGUAUUGUAAUUUGAAUUAGUUUGUUUUCUUAUUAUUAGUUGGGAUGCAAUAUGUAUUAUGUAAUUUUAAAUGGAAUGAUUAAUUUGUAUUUAAAGCAAAUAAUAAUCUUAAUUUUAAAUAAAUAAAAUAAAUUAUAUUUAUUUUUUGCAAAUUAUUAUUGAAACAAUUUUUUUUUU